GAAAGUGUUUUACACAAACAACAACGACUCAUCGGCACAAACCAGCUAGCAGCAGACAUGAGUGCGUAUACCUGGGCAAAUGCCAAACAAUCGAUGCAGUGACAAACAAACCUAGAUAGAAUGCCACAAAAUACUGAGAACACGAAGACUAGCUCAUUUGCAAAAGUCAACGAUGCCUUUCAGGUCUGUGAGAUGGAAAGCUUGAGAAAUAAGAUUCGUCAAAGAACUUCCAUUUGUCAAGAAUUCGAGGAAUUUGAUAAACAGGUGUCUGAAAAAGUAAGGGAGAUUUGGGGAACUGGUGUUCAGCCCAGUCUUUGGCUAACGUUAUUUGGUAAAGGAGACAAAGGUCUAAGAAUACAAGCAUAUGAUGCAAUAAAGGAAGCUGUCAGCAAGAUUACAAGCAAAAGCCACACACAAUUCGUCCUUAAUGCUAGCAGCUGUGAGCUACGGAGCCUUAUCAGGGAGGUACGCGAUGAAAGUCUGAGUUUUUGCCGGAUAGAUUGGUUAACGAAAUGCAUAAUAGUGUCUUCAGAGGAGCAAGACAAUCAGAAAAAUGAGCCUGGCUCUAAAGAGGACUUGAAUUUACAAAUUGAUGGAAAACAGUACAAAAGCUGCAUUGAUUUCAUGGCAAAUUCUGCUUUGCGGAAACGAGAUGAUAAAGCAAACAACAUUUUCAAGGAAGUCAUCUUCCUCGACAUUUUGUUAUGUGAUGAUGUUAAAACUUCAAAAGAAAUUUUUGAGACUUUCAGUAGAAUUUCUAAAGACUUUCUGAAACCCACACUGAUAAUCAAUACUGGAUGCAAAGAUCGUAACCAAUUAGCAAGUCCAUUGCAUGCCGCCAAUACUACUGUGUUUCUGCCAGUGGAGCCUGAAUUAUUAAACGCUUUUAAAGCAAACAUGGAUGAAUGUCAAAAUCCUAUAUUUGCUGUCAACGUCAAAGAUAGUACAUCAGACCUCUAUUCAUUAAUGAAAGAAACAAUUCUCAAAGGUAGCAAGAGCCUACAAUUGUUUGAGACAUAUCAGUUGAUUUUUUGGUUAAUCGAGUGUGGAUACAGACAACAAGUAUUAGAUAUAAUGAUGAAGAAAGGAUAUGAAAAUGCGUUUGCAUUUGUCAUGGACAAGUACCUGACCACGCAAAAUUCAACGAAGAUUGGAUCACUGCUCAAAAAUUAUCGGUUUAAUCUCGAUGCUUAUGUGACAAAACGAGAGAAAGAUAUAUUCGAUGAAGGAAAGCAUUUUAACUACGACCUACAUCGGAGUCCAAGUAAAGUAUACACAUCACUCAUCAAAAAAAAUGGCGACGAAGAGAUGUUAAAAAACGCCCUCUUGUUGCUGACUGAUGAAAACCUCAACUUCAACCGGGAGCAAAUGAGCUCAUUGGAGCAGAUGAUGAUUAGCAGAGCACUGGCCAUCCAACCAGAUCAGGCCUUUGUUUUCUGGAAACACGAGGAACUGCACCCAUUAUCAAAUGCAUUAAUGAUGCGCAACCUGCUUAAAGGAAUAAUUGAUUCCCAAAUCUACGAAGAAGAGGGUAUUCCCAAGAAACUAGCUGAGUCAGUAAUACUCUUUGAGACAGUCUGCUUAGAUCUCCUUGACAUCUACCAUGACACCAGCAAAGAACACACAAUGCAAUCAAUAGAGAAUACAUAUCCUGUUUGGGGGAAUCGAUCACUUCUAGAAAUUGCAGGCGACACCGAUUUUAAAGGGUUUGUUGCACAUCAAGCUACUCAAGUAGUUACUUCGAAAAUGUGGAAUGGAAAGGACCAGAUGCAUUCUUCUAUGCUUUCACCAAUAACGAAGUUCUAUUUGCAUACGGCCAUGCAUAUUUUGUCAUUCGUCAUGAUGCUGUUUGUAGUUGUAGACGAAAAGCAUAAUGCACAUAAUUACAUAAUUUGGCUGACAUUCACCAUUGUGACUUCACUACUGGUUGACGAAAUAAGACAGCUUCUUGGAAGAAACAAAACGAUGUGGGCUUGCACAAAAAAGUAUUUUUCACAAGUUUGGAAUAUACUAGAUAUAGUAACAAUUUUCCUGUUCUACCUUGGCUUUGGAAUCCAUUUCUUUCACAUAGUGGCUGCUGAUAUCCAUUUGUCUCUAUUUGCUUUGCUGUGGUGUCUAAAAACUGGCCAAUAUUUGCGAGUGUCUCGGAGUUAUGGACCAUUUGUGAUAAUGGUUUUAAAAAUGCUGGUGAGAUGCAAGCAUUUCAUCGUCACGUCUUUCAUUCUUGUUGUUGGUUAUGGAGUUUUUGUGACCUCUCUGCUCUACCCGUUCUCUAAUUUGGCCGAUCCAAAGGUCUAUCUAAGGAUUAUGUUCAGACCUGUGAUGAUAUUUUUUGGUGAAUUGGGAAUCGCAAGCUAUGAUCUUUUAGACAGCAAGACAGUAUUUGAUACAGCUAAAGUCCCCAUUGCAGCAGAAGUUGUUUCAAUUAUUGGAAUGAUUGGCUUCCUGUUGCUGACAAAUGUAUUACUGAUGAAUAUCCUAAUAGCUGAUUUCAACAAUAUUUACGUUGAAAUAACCGAGAGAGCAAGAAUGCACUGUGCAUUUGAGGAAUACGAACUGUUGGUAGAGUUUACACACAAGCCCAGUUUUCCUUUUCCGUUUUCAUUGCCAGAAAGUGUUUACUUGAUAGCCAGACGAAUCCUUGGUUCAUACAAAAGCAUCGACCGUGCAUCUUCAUACCAAGUUCCUGAACAGUUGGUCAAGUUUGAGAAAUACUGUAUGAGAAAAUAUUUGAGUAAACAAGAUAAAAAAGAAGACCAAGAUGAAAAUCUUAACAGGGAGCAAAGUUCAAAGAAUUCCUCCAAGGAAAGUCCAAAAAUGAGUUAUCAAGAGACGCAGACUUAUGAAGCUGAUUUUGCAACCCGUGUGUGAACGAGCAUCCUUUCAACAGUAAACAGAACGCUUUUCAUAGUUGCUUUUUUUGUAUGUUGUUAUCGCUACCAAAAUAUAGCGUUGGUACUGUAACUUUGGCUUAAUUAAGCUGUUAAAAUAUAAUGCUUUACUUCCAAUUCUUUA